UACCCUCAGGGAGGCAUGUGACGGCGUGACUCAGUCCGUCUGCAGUCAGGAGCUCCUUCGCUGCCCCUUAUGUGCGGCUUUGAGGAGCGCAGCGCUGAGACGUGCCUGUGAUUAAAGCGCCGUGCGAAAGUGCGCACAGGCUCAGCCGAAGCCGCAAACAUGGACUGCGGGAUAAUGACCUCCAAACUGAUCCUUUUGCUCCUCAGCUUGGUCUUCUGGGCUGCUGGAGCUGCUCUGACUUAUGUGGGCGUCUCCGUCAUAAAGAGCUACAAUAACUAUGAGCACUUCUUUGAGGACCAGUACACCUUCAUCCCCGCUGCCAUCAUCGUUGCCAUCGCGGUGCUGAUGUUCAUUGUCGGUUUCGUCGGUUGCUGUGCUACUCUGACAGAGUCCAGUGUCGGGCUGGGAUUUUUCCUACUUGUUCUCCUGGUCUUCCUUGCUGGGGAGAUCACUGCUUUGGUGUUUGGAUUUAUCUACAGGGGGAAGAUAAAGGAUGACCUGGAGCACACAAUGACUGGGGUGUUCCAGAAGUACGAUGGCCAGAACUCGGAGACGCGGGCAGUAGACUACCUGCAGACUCAGCUUCAUUGCUGUGGAGUGAAGAAUUACACUGACUGGAGAAACACGCCGUGGUUCUCGACCAACUACACAGUGCCCCUCUCCUGCUGUGCGACGCCCAACUCCGGCUGUAUUGGUCGGCUGGACCAGCCGUCACUGCUCAACACACAGGGCUGUGAGUUCAAGCUGGUACAACUCCUGCAAGAUGCAAUCAGCUAUGUGAUGCUGGUCGUCGUGGGCUUUGCCAUCUUUAAGCUGUUCGGAAUGGCCAGCGUGUGUGUGAUCACUUGUAAUGAUCGCCGGAGACGCUACCUGCCUCUAUAGACCAGAAUCUACGCUCAGCCGAGCCGGGGUAGUGCGAGCGAUGGACUCUGUUUUCCUGG